AUGAAACAACGAUUCAAUACUCUCGAUAUCCGUGCAACUGUUGCAAACCUCAAAGAACGAUUAACCGGCCUUCGUCUACAGAACAUUUACGAUGUCAAUCAAAAGACAUUCCUUUUCAAAUUUGCAAAGCCAGACGAUAAAGAGCUUGUGUUAAUUGAGUCAGGCAUUCGCAUUCAUACAACCCAAUUCAGCAGAGACAAGUCCAUCACACCCUCUCCAUUCUGUGCCAGGCUUCGUAAAUACCUUCGUACACGCAGAUGCACCAGUGUACGCCAAUUGGGUGUCGACCGUAUCGUCGAUUUUGAAUUUGGAGGUGGAGACAACAGUAUGGGCUACCACAUUAUUGCCGAGUUUUAUGCUUCCGGUAAUAUCAUUUUGACAGAUCAGGAUUACCGAAUUCUUGCUCUCUUGCGUAUUGUUCAGUCAACAGAAAGUAAAAUGGCAGUUGGAGAAAUCUAUGACAUCAAGUCAGUUGUCCUGCAGGAUUUCAAGCCAGUCGAAAUCGAUCAACUUCAAACUGUAUUGCACAAAGCUGGACCUAAAGACACAUUGAAGAAAAUAUUGAACAUUGGAUUCGAGUAUGGACCUGCCAUGAUUGAACAUAUAAUUCUUGAAGCCAACCUUAAUCCCAAUAUGAAGGUUGCCACUGAAUUUGACAGCUCUGAAGGAUCCCCAAUGAUGAGAUCACUCCAUUCAGCAUUUUUAAAGGGUGCUGAGAUUGUCGAGUCAACUAACAAUGCUGUUCCCAAAGUAAAUCUAAUUAAAUGCUUUUAUGAUGAGUUUCAUCCUUAUCUCUACAAGCAACACGAGUCUAAGAAAUUCAAGGAAUUCCCAACAUUUGAUGGUGCAGUAGAUGAAUUCUUUUCUGCGAUUGAAGCACAAAAACUAGAAUUAAAAGCAAGAAGCCAGGAAGAGGCAGCUCUAAAGAAACUAGAAUCUGUUCGUAAAGAGCAAGAAAGUCGAGUGGAAGGUCUUUUGAACCAACAGACCACAAACACUCGUAAAGCACAGUUAAUUGAACUAAACUUGGCUAUGGUUGAUGCAGCCAUCACAAUUAUCCGUAAUGCAGUAGCAAGUCAAAUGGACUGGCAAGACCUGAAAGAACUUGUAAAGGAUGAGAAGAGACGUGGGAACCCUAUUGCUCAGAUAAUCGAUGGUCUUAAACUGGAUACAAACCAAAUAACACUUUUACUAAGUGACCCUGAUGAACUCGAGUCUGAAAGCGAAUCAGAAAGCGAAUCGGAUAGUGAGUCUGCUGAUGACGAUGACAAGAACGAAAGCGAAGAAAAGAAAGACAAUAUUCCUAAAGUCUUUAAGAUUGAUAUCGAUAUUGGGUUGACUGCAUUUGCUAAUGCUCGCAAGUACUAUGAUCAAAAGAAGAGCACAGCCACAAAACAUGAAAAGACCAUUGCAGCAUCUUCCAAGGCUUUGAAAUCCGCUGAGCGCAAGAUUAGACAUGAUUUAAAGGAAACAAAGAUUACAGCUAGCAUCAAUAAGAUCAGAAAACCAUUUUGGUUCGAAAAGUUUUUGUGGUUCAUCUCUACCGAAGGACAUCUUAUUAUCGCUGGCCGUGAUAUGCAACAGAAUGAAAUGCUAGUCAAGCGUUAUCUUUCCAAAGACGAUGUGUAUGUUCAUGCUGAUCUUCAUGGCGCGGCUUCUGUGAUCGUUAAGAACAAACCCCAGGAAGCCGGACAGCCAAUUCCUCCAAGUACACUUUAUCAAGCAGGAACGAUGUCAGUGUGUCAAAGUAAGGCAUGGGAUGCAAAAAUUGUUACCAGUGCAUACUGGGUCUAUGCAGACCAGGUUUCCAAAUCAGCACCUACUGGCGAAUAUCUAUCCACUGGAAGUUUUAUGAUUCGAGGAAAAAAGAAUUUCUUGCCGCCUGUUCAGCUAGUAUAUGGAUUUGGCUAUCUAUUCAAACUCGAUGAAUCAUCAGUUGGAAACCACGUUAGCGAAAGGCUGCGUCUGGAAGCUGAAAAUGGAGACGAUAACGUAGAUCAUACCUUUUCAGAGACAAAACAACAGCAGGAUAAUAACGAUGAUAACGAUGAUGAGAAGACAGUUUCUAGUAUUAUAGAAGAUGCGAACAAUGAAAAAACAAACUCUCCUAAUGAUAAUGAAUCAAUUUCUGAUGAGGAUUCCGACAGCAGUGACGAUGAAGACGCUUUCCCAGAUACUCAACUUGAAUCUGUCCCUAGUGCUCCUCCACAGUCCAAGACUUGGAAUAAGUACGAUCUUGAAGAUUAUGGAGAAGAUGAAACCGAAGAGAGUCGUUUAGGUUCAACAAAGAAAUCCAUAACUGCAAAAGAACGUCGCCAAUUGAAGAAAGAUAAGCAAGGCGAGGGAAUAAAAGAAAGUUCACCAGCAGCAGCACCUCAGCCAAAACAAAAUGGCAAGAAACCUACAAAGACUACUGCAAAGGAUAUCAAAUCAGCACCCAUACCUCCUUCACGUGGUCGUAAAGGAAAGGCAAAGAAGAUCAAGGAAAAAUACGGUGAUCAGGACGAAGAAGAGCAACGUAUUCGCAUGGAAUUACUAGGAGAGGCCAAGGAAAAGGCUGAGAAAAUUGAGAAGGCCAAGGAAAGAGAAGACAAAAAGAAAAUGCAAGACCAAGCUCGGGCAAAGGAGAAGGAAGAAGAAGAUGAGAAGGCUUCUGUAACUAAAGAUAAUGCCUUUGUCGAUGGUGUGGAUGAAAAGGACAAUGAAGCUAUUCGACAGAUGUUAAAAGAAGAAAACAUCACCAUGUUGGAAGCUGAUGAAGUGGCAAACUUGUCUGUUCUGGACUCCCUUACGCCUAAUCCUUUACCGGAGGACAUUAUUCACUUUGCAAUCCCAGUGUGUGCUCCAUACAAUUCACUACAGAAGUACAAAUACAAAGUGAAGCUGACACCUGGUUCACUUAAACGUGGCAAAGCCAUCAAGCAAGCCCAGAAUGUCUUCUUAACUUCAACGGAUUCCACUCAAAGAGAAAAAGAGCUUAUUAAAAGUGUACCGGACAUGGAAGCAAUUAACACUAUGAUGAGCAAAGUCAAGGUCUCGGCA